AUCAAGAGAGUAUGUUAGAGGGGUAUAUUUUUUUUAUUACUUUAGUCUUCCUACAUAAUUAAUCGGGGCAAUAACGUAAAACUAAAAGACUUGCUGGAAUUCACCAGCUAAAUCAUUGAAUAAUGUGACAUAAAAUAUGAUUAUGUGUUUUAAGAUAAGUUUCUGAUUACUAAAGAGAAACUAGAUUGUACAUAUAUAAAAAGCUAGCCGGCAUUGAUAAUCAAAAACUCCUAAUCAGAAUAUGGACAAUAUUAUAUGUAUAUUUCUCAAUAAUUCCCAGUUGUUAAUAGACCUCAUUCAUUGACUCACAGCCAUUUUCCUUCUCUCUAAUAAUUGACUAAACUUCCAUCACUACAGAGUAGAAACUCUCCGCUGCUGAAAGACGGAAGGCAUACUGCUCUCUGACAUCAAGCAUUUCAACCCGAAAAUAGAUCAAGCUAAUUAGGAUGGAGGAUGUCAACAUUGAUGAGAGUGCUAAACAAAGUACUCAAGUAACUGAAGAGGAACCUGUGGGGCUUGAGGAUGAUGCUGAGAAGAUAAUUAAGCUACUGACCAGAGGAAUAAGGGAACGGGAUAUUGUCUCGAUUUUUGGCAUGCCUGGUCUCGGAAAGACCACUUUGGCGAAAAAAAUAUUCAAAGAUUCUUCUAUUGUUUCUCACUUUGAUGUUCGAGCUUGGCUUACAAUUUCGCAAUCAUAUGAUGUGAGAGAGCUGUUGAGGAAUAUCUAUAAGCAAGUGACAGGUGUUGAGUACGAUGAUAAGGAGAGUGACAUAGCCGAUACGUUGCGCAAGUGUUUAAUGGGCAAAAGAUAUCUCAUUGUCUUGGAUGAUGUAUGGGAAGUUGAUGCAUGGGAUGAGUUAAGAUUAUGUUUUCCAAUUGGUAAACAAGGAAACAGAAUCAUGUUAACAACUCGACUUAAACAUGUGGCAAUGGAAGUCAAGAACUGUACCGAUCCUUAUUCCCCUCGAUUCCUAACCAAGGAAGCGAGCUGGAAAUUGUUGCAGGAAAAAGCAUUUCAAAAGGAAACUUGCCCUCCGGAAUUACAGGAUGUUGGCGUACAAAUUGCGGAAUAUUGUAAAGGACUGCCUCUUACAGUUGUUUUGAUCGGUGGAAUUCUGGCGAAGAAAGAAAGGAAUGUCUCAGAGUGGUGUGAAGUUGCAAACAAUUUAACGUCUCAUCAUGGAUCAGUUGAAAGUGAGAGCAACUUGGCAAUACAAUUAAGUUACUGCUAUUUACCAGAUCAUUUGAGACAUUGCCUUCUAACUAUGGGAGUAUUUAGGGAGGAUGAAAAAUUUGGAGCAUCUAAAUUGAUGUUACUCUGGGUGGCCGAAGGCCUCGUUCAAUGUAGUGAUGAGAGAGGAUUGGAGGAGGUAGCUGAAGGUUACUUGAGCGAUAUAAUUUCUAGUAGCCUACUAAUGGUUACAAAGACGACCUUUGAUGGCAAGGUGAAGUACUUGCAAAUUCAUGAUCUAGUGCGUGACUUUGUCUUAAACAAAGCUAAAGAAGAAAAGUUCAUGCAAGUUAUAGGGACACAUAACCAAUAUCAACCUUCAUAUGAUGAGGAACAUCGAGUGUGCAUUCACCUCGACCAUAAGCUUCGUCAUGAUUUGGAGAGAUUCAACAACAAAGUAGAUAUAUUCCUCACAAGCGGCUCCACAUCUUUUGGUCAAGAUCUUAAAUCGUUUUUUGUUACUAAUAAUGCGGAUGAUUUUCUUGCUUAUAGAGAUUUUUGGAGUAGUGAGUCUAGUUUUCACGGUACUAUUUCUGAAGAGUAUUUAUCUCGUUCCUAUCAUUUCUCGUCAGUUGGAGACUUAAAACUUCUUAGAGUGUUGGAUUUCAAGAACUGCAUUCCAGGGGAUUAUACAAAUAUAGUUGAUAUACUGCAGUCACUAGUUUACCUGAGAUACCUUGGAAUGUGUGUCGAAAAGUUUUUUUUCAAGUGGGUAUCACACAUGUGCGACCUAGAAACUUUACUGGUGGAUACUGAGAGAAUAGUAGAAGGGACACCUCAUAUUUGGAAGAUGACGAAACUAAAGCAUGUAGACGUAGGAACACUCUUACCUCGUGAGAUAUUUGCAGUUUCUGAAGAAGGUCCGUCUAAGUUGGAGAAUUUAAGGGAAUUUAAAGGCAUGUGUUUAUCUCGUGAGGAUAUAGAGUUAAUUGAGAGGUUUUCCAAUCUUCAAAAGCUUCUCCUCAUAAUAAGUGAUAAUGAUAUUUAUGAAGCUAACUCUCUCGUUCUGAAAUUGGAUGUUCUUACACAGCUUCAGUCCCUCGUGCUUGGUUCGAUGUGUAAUAUCACCAAGUAUUAUUUACCUUCAAGUCUCAAAGAGCUGAUCCUCCGCCAAGUUAAUAUACUAGCAAGUGCAACUUCCACACUCGCUGCGUUACCCAACCUUCAAAGACUGAUAUUUCAAGGAUGUACAUUCGAGCAAGAGGAGUGGGACGUGAGAGAUAUGGAGUUCCCGGUACUCAAAAUCUUAAAAUUUCGAAGCAUUCAUCUUAGGGGAUGGCAUGUCUCAGAAUCAUCGUCAUUUCCCAUGCUUGAGAGUUUAGUGCUAAGAUCUGUUGAAUUGCUUAAGAAGAUUCCUGACAGUUUUGUGGAUAUUGGAACGCUUACAUCAAUCAAGGUGAUCUAUUGUGAUGAUAAUCUCAAGGCUUCAGCUUUGGAGAUUAAGGAAGAAGUAGAAGCAACUACAGGAUGUGACAACCUCAAGGUCGAUAUUCUUCCACAUUACUCUCGGGAACAAAAAGAAAAAGAAGAGGAAUAUGAAGAGGAAGAGAAAACAGAAGCAGCAGCAGAAGAAGCAGCAGCAGCAGUGGCAGAAGUAGAAUCAGAAGAAAAACAGAAGGUAGAAGAAGAAGCAGCAACAGCAAAAGUAGAAGCAGAAAAGAAAGAGGAUGAGGAGGAGGAAGAUGACAAAGUUACAGAGCUUUCAGCGCUAUCAUUUAAGACUUUCAAUCUUGGUUACAGCAGCAGCAGCAGCGGCGGCGGAAGUAGAAGCAGAAAAAAAAAAACCAGAAGGUAGACGAAGAAGUAGCAACAUCAAAAGUAGAAGCAGAAAAGAAAGAGGAUGAAGAAGAGGAGAAGGAAGAUGAAAAAGUUACAGAGCUUUCAGCGUCAUCAUUUAAGACUUUCAAUCUUGGUUAUAUGAAAUGCAAGGUAACGUUGCGUACAAUAGACUCUUAUGGUCCGGCCCUUCCCCGGACCCCCCAUAACGGGAGCUUAGUGCACCAGGCUGCCCUUUAAUCUUGGUUACAUGCUUUUUCUUUUUCUUCUCUUAUAAAAGCUGUUUGGACAUUUUCAUCAUUCAUGUUAUUCUCUGUAAAACCCUAUAAGUUUUGGACAAUAUGGGUGUGUUUGUUUGAUUACCCGAUAUGUCAUUUUUAAUUUUAACCUUCAUUGUAUUUCGAGA